ACAGAUGCUACCACGGUGCUUGAGAGAUUCCAGGAUGAUGACUCUAGCUGUGGUAAUUGUCUUGGCUGUUUUAGGACGGACAAGUGGUCUUUUUGAUACAAAUAUUGCCAGAUUUGGAAAAGUCACUCAGUCCUCCCUGUAUGGGAAUGCUGUCCCAGAAAGGGCCAUUGAUGGAAAUCGUGCUAGCAACUGGGGACAGGGAUCCUGUACCCACACAAAGCAAGAUAAAAAUCCAUGGUGGAGCCUGGACCUCCUGAAGACUUAUAAAAUCAACACUGUUACCAUCACCAACAGAAGAGAUUGUUGCUACAAAAGGAUCAACGGUGCUGAGAUCCGCAUAGGAAAUUCUCUCAAUAACAAUGGCAACGAUAAUCCCAGAUGCACUGUGAUCUCAUCUAUAUCACCUGGGACCUCCAAAACCUUUAAGUGUCAUGGAAUGGAAGGCCGUUAUGUAAGCAUCGUGAUCCCUGGAAGACGUGAAUACCUGACACUGUGUGAGGUGGAAGUCACCGGUAACCCUUCAAGUAACAUUGCUCCAAUUGAUACAAAUAUUGCUAGAUUUGGAAAAGUCACUCAGUCCUCCCUGUAUGGGAAUGCUGUCCCAGAAAGGGCCAUUGAUGGAAAUCGUGCUAGCAACUGGGGACAGGGAUCCUGUACCCACACAAAGCAAGAUAAAAAUCCAUGGUGGAGCCUGGACCUCCUGAAGACUUAUAAAAUCAACACUGUUACCAUCACCAACAGAAGAGAUUGUUGCUCCAAAAGGAUCAACGGUGCUGAGAUCCGCAUAGGAAAUUCUCUCAAUAACAAUGGCAACGAUAAUCCCAGAUGCACUGUGAUCUCAUCUGUAUCACCUGGGACCUCCAAAACCUUUAAGUGUAAUGGAAUGGAAGGCCGUUAUGUAAGCAUCGUGAUCCCUGGAAGAAGUGAAUACCUGACACUGUGUGAGGUGGAAGUCACUGGUAACCCUUCAAGUAACAUUGCUCCAAUUGAUACAAAUAUUGCUAGAUUUGGAAAAGUCACUCAGUCCUCCCUGUAUGGGAAUGCUGUCCCAGAAAGGGCCAUUGAUGGAAAUCGUGCUAGCAACUGGAGACAGGGAUCCUGUACCCACACAAGGCAAGAUAAAAAUCCAUGGUGGAGCCUGGACCUCCUGAAGACUUAUAAAAUCAACACUGUUACCAUCACCAACAGAAGAGAUUGUUGCUACAAAAGGAUCAACGGUGCUGAGAUUCGCAUAGGAAAUUCUCUCAAUAACAAUGGCAACGAUAAUCCCAGAUGCACUGUGAUCUCAUCUAUAUCACCUGGGACCUCCAAAACCUUUAAGUGUAAUGGAAUGGAAGGCCGUUAUGUAAGCAUCGUGAUCCCUGGAAGACGUGAAUACCUGACACUGUGUGAGGUGGAAGUCACUGGUAACCCUUCAAGUAACAUUGCUCCAAUUGAUACAAAUAUUGCUAGAUUUGGAAAAGUCACUCAGUCCUCCCUCUAUGGGAAUGCUGUCCCAGAAAGGGCCAUUGAUGGAAAUCGUGCUAGCAACUGGGGACAGGGAUCCUGUACCCACACAAAGCAAGAUAAAAAUCCAUGGUGGAGCCUGGACCUCCUGAAGACUUAUAAAAUCAACACUGUUACCAUCACCAACAGAAGAGAUUGUUGCUACAAAAGGAUCAACGGUGCUGAGAUUCGCAUAGGAAAUUCUCUCAAUAACAAUGGCAAUGAUAAUCCCAGAUGCACUGUGAUCUCAUCUAUAUCACCUGGGACCUCCAAAACCUUUAAGUGUAAUGGAAUGGAAGGCCGUUAUGUAAGCAUCGUGAUCCCUGGAAGACGUGAAUACCUGACACUGUGUGAGGUGGAAGUCACUGGUAACCCUUCAAGUAACAUUGCUCCAAUUGAUACAAAUAUUGCUAGAUUUGGAAAAGUCACUCAGUCCUCCCUCUAUGGGAAUGCUGUCCCAGAAAGGGCCAUUGAUGGAAAUCGUGCUAGCAACUGGGGACAGGGAUCCUGUACCCACACAAAGCAAGAUAAAAAUCCAUGGUGGAGCCUGGACCUCCUGAAGACUUAUAAAAUCAACACUGUUACCAUCACCAACAGAAGAGAUUGUUGCUUCAAAAGGAUCAACGGUGCUGAGAUCCGCAUAGGAAAUUCUCUCAAUAACAAUGGCAAUGAUAAUCCCAGAUGCACUGUGAUCUCAUCUAUAUCACCUGGGACCUCCAAAACCUUUACGUGUAAUGGAAUGGAAGGCCGUUAUGUAAGCAUCGUGAUCCCUGGAAGACGUGAAUACCUGACACUGUGUGAGGUGGAAGUCUCCGGGACAGAAUCAGAUGAUGACAUUGAAUAUGCCUGCAACUGAGAUUCCUCAUACUCAUGUAUUCAUUUCCAUUGCCAAUUCCUGCUUGUGUCUGAUUUCUUUUCUUCAAUAAAAUGUCUCAAUUUGAGGUCAA